GGACCGGCCGGUCCUUCCCGCCCCCCCCCCCCUGCCGCCACAGGAAGGGCCCGGCUCGGUCCCAGCGCUUUGCCACCGCCGCCAGGAUGAGGGGUUGCCUACACCAAGGGGGUCCCACCCCAUGGGGAGAUGCCCGUGCUGGGGGGUAGCCACCCAGUGUCGCUCCACUCCUGCAGCGAGACGGUGCUGUGCAGUGCCCGGGCAGCAGUACUGCUCUACGAUGACACCCACAAGCAGUGGGUGGCGGCGGGAGGGGGUCCCCAGACCCUCAGCUGCGUCCAGCUCUACCACCACCCUGGCACCAACGCCUUCCGCCUGGUAGGGCGCAAGAUGCAGCCUGAUCAGCAGGUGGUGCUGAACUGCCCACUGGGGCGGGGGCUGCGCUACAGCCAGGCCACCCCCCAGUUCCACCAGUGGCGGGAGGCCCGCCGGGUCUGGGGGCUCAGCUUUGGGGCCCCCCGCGAGGCUACCCUCUUCGCUGCUGCGGUCCUGCGGGCGCUGCGGGCCCUGGAGGAGGGCACCCCGCUGUCCUGGCCGGACCCCGAUGGUCCAGCUCCGGAGGAGCCUGAGCAGCAAGAGAGGCAGGCGCUGGAGGAGCCUGAGCGCCAUGUGGCAGCUGCAGGUACCCAGGCUGCACCCACUGGAGGCCCCCCUCAACCCCCUGGCCCCCCCCCGCCCCCAGGGCCCCCUCCACCCCCCGGCCCCCCACCAGCCACGGGGGUCCCGCCAGCCCCCCCCUUGCCAGCGUCAGCAGGUGCUGCCGGGGGGGGGUCUGGGGGGGGCUCCGGCUUUGCCGCUGCCAUAGCGGGGGCUAAACUCAGGAAAGUCGGCAAGGAUGAUGCACCGGGUCCAGGGGCUCCCCCUGCACCCCCCAAGGGCGAGAGUGCCCGGGGAGGGGCUGGGGGGGGGUUGAUGGAGGAGAUGAGCGCCAUGCUGGCCCGACGGAGGAAAGCCACCCUUCAAGGGGAUAAGCCAGUGCCAAAGAGGGAUGAGGACACCACCAGCGACGAGGCGGAGCCGGGCACUAGGACCCCGGGGCAGCCCGCGGAGCCCGUGCGGAAGCCCUGGGAGAAGGCCAGCUCCACACUGCCCAGGAUGAAGUCGGCUAUCCCAGCUGCCCCUGCCGACCCCCCUGGCCCCACUGACGAGCCUGACCUGGAGCGAAUCAAACAAGAGCUGGUGGAGGAGGUGCGGAGGGAGCUGCAGAAGAUGAAGGAAGAAAUCAUCGAAGCAUUCGUGGCGGAGCUGCGGAAGAGGAGCGCACCUUAACACCCCCCCUGCAGCACACCCCCUCCCCCAAGAUGAGCCCGGAGGGGGGGGAGGCGGAGUUUCCCCCCUACUUCCCCUCACCCCCUCCAAUUCACCUCCCUGCUGCCCUGGGGGGGGGGGCUCCAGGCCGGACCACCCUGGGCUGUGCCUUACUGGCCGGGUAGGGGGCCAAAACAGCCCCCUCCCCCACUGUGCCCCCUCUCACUGCCAGUUUGGGGACCCCUUUUUUUUAAUACUUAGUGGAGGGACACAAAUGAGGGGUGCCCCUCCUUUCCCCCCCCCCCCCCCCGGGGUCUUUUUUAUACCACUUUUGGAUUUUUUUUACUUCUUUUUUUUUUUUUUUUUUGGGGGGGGGGGGGGGAGGUUGGGGUGUCCCCCCUCCCCUGCCACGAAUAAACGUGGUUGUUUUGUAUGUGA